AUGGAUAAUGAUAAUGAGGUCGUAAAACUAUUACUACGUGUAGGAAAAAAAAUCAACAAAAAUUAUGAACAGAUAAAGCCAUUUAUUAAAAUAAUCGUCGAAGAUAACUGGCUAGAUUCAAUAGAGAGCUUAAAAAAGAUAGAUGAUAAUGAAUGGCAAAAAUUAAAACUUCCUUUACGCUUAUUAGAUGAGAUUAAAAGAGAACUAGCAGAAUUAAGAGAUGCAGAGGAAACAAAAAAUGAUAAAGAAUUAAAUGAAAAUAAUCAUGUAGAAAAAUGUAAAAAAAAUAAUAUAAUGGGGUCUAUAAUAAUGGAGGAAAACGAAAAGGAUAGGGAUAACUUAUCCUUAAGCAAAAAGGUUAAAAAAGGAAUAUCAAAUAUGAAUGAAAAUGAAUUUAUUGAUAAUAGUAAUAAUGCUAAUAAAAACGAUACUAUGCAAAGUUCUUUAGAAAAAGAACGAACAAAUGACACUCCAUCACAUACCUUGAGUAGCAAUAAUAAUAUUGAAAAAGAGAAUUCAGAAAAAGAAAUGCAUCCUAUAAUAAAAUGCGAUAAAGAAAAAUUAGAAAACUUAAUUAAAAAUAAUGUUAUAGAUAUUCAAAAAGACACAAUAUUUUAUUUUUCAUAUGGUAAUGCCAAUUAUAUGGGUCACAGUUAUUCUGAAGAGAAAAAUAGAACAAUCAAUAGUAUCAAUUAUAUUGAAAAGCUAAAAAAUAUUGACAAAAACGAUUUAAAAAGUAUUGUUCCUAUUUUAUGCAAAAUUGUUAAAAACAUUUUAAUAAAUCCAAAUAUAUUAAAUACCCGAAUUUUAAAGACAACUAAUGAUAUUAUGAAGAAUAAAAUAUUAAAAUAUAAUGAAGCCAAACAAGUUUUAUUAUCGAUUGGCUUUGUUGAGAUACAUAAUUUUUAUGUAAUGGAAUAUGUCGAUACAUUAUUGUUAUUAUGCAGUUAUGAAAGCUUACAAAAUAUUACUAAAGAUUUUUUGAAAAUUCCAAGUCCUACAAAUGUACCUUUUAACCCAUUCAAAUCAACUAUAACAUCUACAGAUACAUUAAAGAAUAAAAUAAAAGGUGAUGAACAAAUUGAUAAAUUAUUGAAAGAAAAAAAAGAACACAUUGAAAAAUUAAUUAAUCAGGAAGUUGAUUUAAACCCCAAAAUAUAUCUUUUACAAAAGACGAAUAAUGGUAUCAAAAGUAAAAAUGAUAUUUUAUCUAACUCUGACAAAGAUGAAGAAGAAGGGGUAAAUAUGGCAUGCCUUAUAUCAAGCAUCAAAAAUUUAAAUAAAGAACAAACUUUUAAAUCAAGGACAAAACUAGAAUUAGAAAAAAUUAAUAGCAGAAAAGUAUAUUCAAAGACGGUUUUAAAAAUUCUUUUUCCUGAUUCGUAUAUAUUAGAAUUGUCUUUUUCUUCUGGAACGCUUAUAAAACAAGUUAAUGAAACCAUAAAAACGUUUCUGAAUAAGUCUAUUGCAUCAAGGGAAUGGUACAUAUAUGAAACACCGGGGAUAUGCAAAUUUGAUAUGAACAAAAAGCUAUCUGAUUAUAGCCUCUUUCCACACGCCAUUGUACGCUUUAAAGCAGAUGAUAAAAAUAAUAUUGAUGGCAAUAAUUCAUUUUUAUCAGAAGAAUCUAUUGAGAAAUAUUUUUUAAAAUGA